CAGUAGUCACAAGCAAGCCUGACUCGGAUCAGAGUGUUACAUUAGAAUAUCACACUGGUGUACCUGGUUGGAUAAUAAUGUCGUCUUCGAAUGAAACUAAAGCCUGUGGAAUUUCCCCUUGCCUUCAGAUGGGAGAGGACAUCAUUCAAAUCCCUGCUCCAGUGAGAGUGGACCAAUGAGAAGCGAGUGGGGUCAGCAUGGAGACACACCUCCUCCUUUCGGCCUGUGUGUGGACAUUUAAAGGGAUACUGUGCACCUGCAGGUUUUUGUGGAUAUGUCCGUACAACGCAAUACAAUUCCUACCGAGGAAGAAGAGCAGUCUAGCCAACAACAGAAGACUACCGAAACCACACACAGGGUAUGAGCUGAGGGUGAGUGCAGGGAUACCUGGCAGCCCAGAGCACACCAGCGCCCUCCAGAGGAGGCUGGCCAAGGCAGAGAGGGACAUCCUGUCACUCAAGACACGCAUCUGCUGCGACCGGGCCUCAUGGGAAAUUAGGUUCAACGACUUGCAGAGAAAGCAGGAAGAGCUACUCGUGCAGCUGAGGUCAGAGGUCAGACUGGCUGAUGGAGAAGACCCCAAAGCGCCAGUGGACUGUAACACCAACACCACAGUAUCAGAGUCUGAGGAACACUCAAGCACCCAAACAAAUCACUUGGAGGUCAUGGGGAGUUUGACCCCCUGCCCCAGCAGCCUAUGGGAGGAUCAAUCUUCCUGCACAGCCUCUUCCAGCUCCAGGACAGAAUCGGUCAUGUCUUCAAACAUCAGCGUAGUUUCACGGAGAAGCUUGCGGGUGGGUCGUCGAUGCUUUGCACCGCAUUCCCCGAUGGACCUGCAGCCGGGCCACCGCGUCAGAGUCAUGCUUCCCUCCGGUCGGAUCAGCACCGGCACCGUUCGCUACCUGGGCUGCCUGCCGGGCGAGGCGGAGCUCUGCCUGGGGGUGGUGCUGGCCAGCCCCGAUCGGGCUUCACGACAAGACGGCAGCCAUCGGGGCCAGAGCUACUUCCAAUGCGACCCAGGCUACGGUGCCUUUGUGCCGUUCAGCAAACUCCUGAUGGCCUGGGAGUAGAAUUGCCACAUGGAGGAGUAGACUGUACCUGAUCUGGCUGUCUCUGGACCUGAUAUCCUCGGGAUGGUUUCAGCGAGACUGUAAUGGUUUGAUCUGCUAUGGACUUGUUUGAUCGUGUUGGUGCCAGUUUGAUCUAGUUGUUACUGGGUUGAGGUUCGGAUCUGGUGGAUACUGGUUUUAUCUGGUCAUAGUAUUUCUGGUCUGAUCUGUUUGGUACUGGCAUGAUAUGGUGGUCUCAUCUGGUCUGUACUGGUUUCAUCUGAUCUUAACCAGUCAGAUCCCGUUGUGACCAGUUUGAUCAGAUUGUUACCAGUUUGUUAUGGACGUUACUUGUUUGAUCUGGUCUGUACUGGUCUAAUUUGGUUGUUUGUUUGGUUGUGUGACUUGGUGAUUACUGUACCUGGUUGCGUCAAUCAAUGUGAAAAUGUGGGAUUAGUAGUGUUUGAAUCAAAGAGAGGGUUUGCAAUAGAAACUAUCUGGUUCAGAUUUAACGUUAAUAGCAAGCAAGCAGGUAAUGAAGGAAUGUUUUCUUGCAUUGUUUGUUCUUACGUUAAUUCAAUUGCCCAUUUUUUCUCUCAUGUAUUUGUGUACUUUAUUUAAAACUUUCUGUAGAAUGCUUUGAUUUCAAAUACAUCCCGACAGGUUUAAACAUUGA